AUGACUACCAUGAAGCAAUCAGUUACAGAAGAUCUCCGAAAAGAUAAUGGUCAGAAAACGCCGACGAUGUUGAAGGUGUUUGAAGAGUUUGAAACCGAUGGGCAGAGUUACGAAUCAUCUUCAGAGGAUAUGGAAACCUACUCUCCGAAAUCGGUGGUCACAAAGCUCAGGAAGUGGCCGGCAACGGUGAAGGACGUCAACAUCGAUGCUUUCAGCCGUCGUGUUCGUAACCAGAUUGAGAGGAUUCGAGCGGAAGAUUCACAUCUAGGAGAAGAUAUCGGUGAAUGUUUGAUCGCUAAGGUUUCUGUUUCUGUUCAUGAUCUGGUGGAUGUUGUGAUUUUCUCCCGCCCUGCUUCGCCUCUAAGCGGGAAGAUUCCGGCGAGGGUCAAUAUGGUUCAGUGA